AUUUUCUGUCGUUCUUUUUCACAUCUUUCUACCGUCUUUCUGGAAUCGAUGGCUCGCUGGUUGACCCCGCGUCGGGUCCUGGUCUACAGCGCUUACUUUACCGGUGCCUUCUCCCUGCUUAUCGGAGCAUUCAUCUCCAGACAUCUGUGGGAUGUUCAUACUACCAUCCGAAUUAUGGAGAAGUCGUGGGAUGUGCGAGGACACGACUAUGGCAAUCUCACCUGGAUAGACAAGGCUAUCCAGGCCGUGUUUGCUGGCCAUGAGGAUGUAUCGGAAUACAAUGACAUGUUCUGGGCCAAAUUCGGCGAACUAGACAAGGCCGAGGAUGGACAUGGAUCAUUCAAUCGCUCAAACCUGACGACUUGCCAGCGUGGUUAUGAACCCGAAUGGGUUGAUCAGAAUUCCAGAUACGAAAAAUGGGGCUUUGUGCUCUACCGCACCGACUACGAGGAAGAUAACGUGACGUGGGCGGAGUCUGUCAAACACAUAAACUAUACGAUUCGCACACAUUUAGAGAUCGAUGCCACUCAUCACGGCAGUGAUUGCGAUCCAGAUCUCGUCCGCGAUCGUGCUGUGCUCGAGAUCAUCGAAGACCGCGAGGCCCUGGAGGGCGCCAGCCCUCACCAGAUUCGUGCUUUGUGGCGUGAACGAGUUGAUGCCGGUCUUGUUGAUAGCACUUUCAAGAUCGGUGGAUGGGAUUAUGGUGGGUUUUUUAGGAUAAACCUUCCCGCAAGCGACGAUAACUGCGAGUCUGAUGGCUCAAAGUGCAAGAAAGCUAAUGGAAUGGCGCUCAAUCUCUGUUUCAUGUACGACUCGGGAACACGCGUCAUGAUGCAGCUCGUUCGCAACCAUCUCCCGGCAACUGGGCCCCGUGAUGCAUGGGAACCUUUUCUCCUGGCCAUCGAUGGCCUAUGGAACCAUGAGAGGUACAUGUAUCGAACAUCAUGGGCUCACAUGUACCCGGGCGUGUACGGCGUCGCGCUCUCCAUUUUGUUCAACGAUUUCCAUGGGAGGACCUUCGAGCGUGAGAUGGAAAGACAGGCCCCACACAUGUACAUGGGCGGUCCCUUGGUAGAUCUCACAGCGCCUUGGUGGCAAAGGUUCUUUGAGGGCAUACUCAGCACGAUGUGGGCAGUUGCGCGGCCGGGCCAUUUUCCCUUUAAUGACCGCUGGCAAGAGAUUGAAUACCCAUUUGUGCGUGAAGAUAGCCACUGGAAAGAUCCUGCCAAACCCGAGGAAGACACCCCCCAAGUAGCCGAAAACGUAACGAAUUCUACGGAAUGGAGCGACUUCAACCUCACAGAGUGGCUGAAGCCCCGCGACCCAUUAUUCUAUCUUCCAUGCUUGCCCUCGGAUGAGAAUCAGGAAGGUUGCUUUCAGAUGGGCAAUUUUCGCGUUAGGAAACCACGCGCGUCUAACACUUCACGGGCUACGGAUGAGGCCGUACCUACGAGCGACGUCAAGCAGGACGCUCCGGCCGAGCAUGAGUCAUCUUAA